AUGUCUUAUAGCUCCCUUACACAGAGAGGUCAGAGGUUCAAGAAACUGCAUUGGUUGGGAUUCAAGUGUAGCCUUUGUUGUGUGUAUCAAUUUGAGACCACUGUGUUUUCAUUUGGAUAUCAUUUGGUCUCCAGGCUAGCCUGCCUAACUCUGGAAGAUCUUCGAAUCGUACUUCUCGGAAAGACAGGUGUCGGUAAAAGUAGCACUGGCAACACGCUUGUUGGUCCAAAUUCAUUUAUUUCGUCCUCCAAAUUCAGCUCUGAGUCAAAACAAUGCUCAGUAGGACGUACUCACCAUGAGGGCAGGGACGUUGUUGUGAUAGACACACCAGGCUUCAUGGACACUAGCUUAUGUGAGGAGGAGCUGUUGGAGCGGGUUGUCAAAUGCCUUGAUCUGUCAGCGCCAGGUCCACAUGUUUUUUGCAUCGUUAUUUCUCCACCUCGUUUUACAGAAGAAGAUGGCAAAGUUAUCGAUGUUACGAAGCAAUUAUUUGGUGGUGGAUUUCUGGAACAUGCUGUAAUUGUAUGCACACGGGGAGAUGACCUGGAACACGAACAGAUGACGUUCGAUGAUUUAUUGCUAUCUGCGCCUGGCUCAUUAAAAAAACUUUAUGAAGAUUGCAAACAAAGAGUCAUCGUCGUAAACAAUAGAAAUCCUCGUCCUUCAAGAGAACAUUUUCUAGAAUCUAUCACUCGAUUGGAAAUCACUAAUGCUUAUUACACAGAUCCGAAUGGUACAAUGGAAAUUUUAGAGUCCUAUAGAAGACAGACGAAUAUGUUAACUCCCGAAGAAAAGGAAAACAACCCUCUUUCAACAGAGAAAGACAAGGACUUUUUCCGCGAUCUCGUUUCACGUCUAGCCAAAACCAUAGGCACAACACUCGGAGAAGCGUUCAAAAAGCUCUUAGCAAAGUGGAGUAGUUCAGUAGUCGUCGGGGAUGUUCCCAUGGUCGACGUCAAUGAAUCGCCUACGACUAUAGCCUAUAACCCGAGAAAGAAACACAAAGAUCUUGAUCCUAGCAAACGAGAGGGUCAAAUUGAAGUUGACAAAACAAAUGUUGUGGCAACUGGAUUCCCAGAUGAACAGACACUACAAGAUGACAUUGACAGAGAAAUCCGAAUAAUUCUCAUCGGAUUGAAAGGAUCCGGAAAAAGCAGUACUGGAAAUACCAUCCUAGGAGGAGGCAAGGAAUUUAAGACAUGUCUGCCGUCAACAAGUAUCAAUACAAUGCCAGAAUACAGACGUACAGUGAUUAGCGGAAAGGAAGUGCUGGUUGUAGACACACCUGGGUUUUCAGCUUCGUAUGAGAGUGUGGAUGAACGUAUUAAGAAUCUAGCGACGUGUGUUGGUGACAUUCCUCGUGGUCCACAUAUUUUCUGUUUUGUCUUAAAUGUCUCCCUUUUCACACAAGACGACCAGAAAACAGUGGAAAUUAUACAAAGAGUAUUCGGGAAAGAAAUGUUUGAGCAUACCAUCUUGGUAAUUACCCAUGGCGAUGACAUGGAAGCAGAUGGAAUUGAGCUCGAAGACGUUUUUCGUGAUGCGCCUUCUGAAAUAAAGGAACUCCGUCGCGAAUGUGGAAAUAGGGAAGUCGUCAUCAAUAACAGAUCAUCCAAUCGACAAUCCGAAGCUACAAAAUUGAUGGACGGGAUUGUUGGAUGGGGGUUGGAUCAAAAAAAGUACACUAACAAACCAAAUACUAAUGUAUCGAGUUGGUGGUCCAAGUCGGUAUUUGGGAGAAAAUAG